AGCCACCAAUAUAACAUUUUUGGCCCUCCUAUGCAUGGAAGGCAGGGGCUGGAAUUAGACACUAUUUUGCUGUUUGGUGGCAUUUGGGCGGGCUGAGACCCGAGUUCUUAUCAGAGGUUUGAUCUCCAGGGGGCUGAAAGGACAAUACUGGGGAGCUGUGGCCUGGGUGCUGCUUUCAGGUGCUGGAGGCAUCUCUGAUUUUGUUUCCUUGGCACAGCAUAGCUGUUCCAAGGGUGAGUGCUGCCCAGCAGCCUCCAGGGAACUCCACAAGCCCUGGAGCAGCAUCAGGCUCUUGGGAAGCACAGGCUUUUCCAUGCCCUGCUCAGUGUGUGGGCACAGAUACUCAGCUGGUCCCUGGUGCUGCUGAUGCCUUAGAACUUUAGCUUUUGUGUUGUUCAUGUAUUUGUAAUCCUGUUGUUCUUUAGUGUAACUCUAAACUCCACACACAGUGUCAGUUGCUGCUUUCCCGUUUUGGGCAGACACAACAAUUCUUCUCCAAUCAAGGACACCUCAGGCUUCAGGCCCUGAGAGAUGUAAAAUAAAAGGGAGUUGGGGGGAGCAAACUUGGGGUACAUGGCUUCAUUACCUGAAGCUGGAAUUAGAAGAUUCUUGGAAGAUUGACCCCCAAUAUCUAAUGGACAAAUUUAUAAAAGUGUGAAAACCUGUGACCCAUCAUCCAUUUUUGGGUGUAGCCCUUGUGGGUCUUCGUCUGCCCUAAGUGUACCUGAAGGCCCUACAAUACAUACAGCUGCUUUUUAUUCUCUUAAUUUUGUCUGGCCUCUGUUUUUAGGUAGCCCCACAAGACGUCAGUGCAGGAGCAUGGGGAGGGUUGCAACACAGGAGCCCCAACAGCAUUUCCUGCCAUAGGCAAUUCCGUGCAGUGCUGGGGAAGGGAAAGGGGAAACAGCCCCAACAGCCAGGGCUGGUCAUUGUGUGGGAUUGCUUAAGUGAGCUCAUUGUGAGGCACUUAGCCUCAAACCACCAUCUGACAUGCUAGAAAUAAGACUGACAUGUUUUGCUCUCAACCCCACAGUUCUCUUUUGGUCAAGAUCUGCUGUUGCACCAUCCCCUCUGGCCGUGAGAAAGGCAGGAAAGCAACCCCGUGGGGCAGAGGCACUGCAGGGCAGCCAGAGCCCUGUGUCCCUCUCUGUGUGGGGAGAUGGUACCAGCACCCCUCCCACCCUGCCAGAGGCUCUGCCCCUGCAGCUGCAGCCAGCAGGACACAGCAAUGCCGGGGAGAUGGAGAUAUUCCCCAGCAGGGAGAGGAGGCAGGAGCUCAUCAGUCUGUCUGACAGCAGGCAAUACCAGUGAAUAUUUUGUCCCGCUGGCUACUUUCAUUCAGAAAUCGCUUUUCCAGGCACAAUGUGGUGGAUGCUGGUGUCAGUGCAAGGUUCUCUGGGGACAGGCACCAGUGCUCUGCAGUGCUGCUGGGCCCUGGAAGAGCCUGCCCGAGAGCUGCCAGCAGGGACACAGCACAAGUGUCACCUCCUGUGCGCCACACGGGGACAGCACUCAGCACUGAGACAGGCCGUGAGCUGCAAGGCAGGGGAAAUACCAAGUGAGCGUCAGUGGCCCAUGGCAGGGGGGAUAAAACCUGUGACUGCCUGGAAGGAGGGGACCCUGAGCAGCUGCAGAUGAUGGUGGCUGACAGAGGAACAGGGUGCAGAGAAGGAUGGGGAUCCUGAUGCUGCCAUGGCCAGGAAUCAGGCACAGACCCAAGAGCCUCAGCAGGAGCCAUCUAAGUUCUCUGCAGACAGCACUUGAUCCUAGCUUUGCCUGCUGGUAGCUGGUGUUGAGUUUGCUUUGACACAUGCUGGUGAGCAUGCUGCUCACAGCCAGGUGCUUUGUGCCUAGUGACAUGGCUGCUCCCUGUCUCGAGACCUCGCUGGGCUGAUGGGACCCUCAUCUGGCAACCACAGCACCAAGCUCUGGAUGGAAGCAUCACACUGGAGAGGUUCUAUGAGCUGAGCCCCUCCAGGCACGACUUUGACUGCUCAUGGUUUACACCACUGGUGAUUUCCUGGAAAACAGACAAGAGGAGGCUGUGAACAACGCUUGAGGAGGAUGCAAAGUUUUCUAUACAGUGAUGAAGCUAUCACAGUCCAGAAGCUGGAUGACUUUAAAGUACCAACAAGGACCAUGACAUAAAAAUGUUGUUGGUUGGAGAUCAAUGAGCUGGGCACACUAAUAUGUCAGUAAUGACUUGUAAGCAUCCACCAAGGAGCAGCCCCAAGAAAGGCAAAAGCAGUCCCUGGAAAUUUAGAAGUUUGUAAUAUAAUGUGAUUGUACACUGGCAUGGAAUUAUUUUCAAGGGCUGGCUUGUGAUGUGCAGACAGAUAAUGCAGAAAUACUCCAGAAACUGCUCUAAUGUGACCUUAGAGCAAAGGGGAAAUACGUUUGCCCAAGACAGCAAUUCAAGGUGCUAAUAUCAGCAUCUUUAAGCUCAUUGAUCAACUUGUCUGAGCUUUUCUGGUAAAUAGGCUCUCGUGGGGAGCCCAAGAGCACCCUGGGACACAGACACCUGCAACCACUGAGCAGUCACAGAGCCAGCAGGUCACAGGGUCACGGUGCUACGUUUUCUCAGAAUUGCUGGCUGAGAAGAGCUAUGGAAGACAAGAGAACUACUGUGAUUCAGAGUGAAACGCUUUAUAAUAAUCACAAAACUGCCUGGAAACCACUGCCCUCACCUCUCCAACAGCUGCAGGGCUUUUGGGGCUGUUCUGUCCCAGGGCUCAGGCAGUGUGACAACAGAAGCCACUCCUGCUCCAAUCCCAGCAGGGGUGGCACUCAGGAAGGCAGAGAGAAGACCUCAGGACAUUCCAGGGCAAUGGGGCCCCUCCAAGCAGUCUGUUGGGCGAGGAAGGUCAACAGGCAUUGCCCAGCGAGACAUCAGGCAAUGGAAGGCAAAGCAAAGGAAAAAGCCAAAGCUAUUCCACCUCCAGAGGAGCUGCUGCAGGGAUGCAGGGCAGACAAGCCUCUCACCUCCCUGCAGGGCUAUUGCAGGCUCCUCAGUCAGCAGGAGGUGGUACAAGCCACACCAAUGGUGAUGACAGAGGAAGCUCUGCCCUUUGUUCAGGAGCGCUGUGGGUGCUUUCUUGGCCAGCGUUGCUGCUCUCACAGCCACCAGAAAUUGUGAUCACAGGACACCUGACCGGUCAUGUGCAAGGAGCACUGCUCGUCCUGCCUGCACAGCACUCCACAGCUGGGCUGGAGGAACUCACUCUCUCUGAGGACAGCAAGAGAACAGGAACUGUACGUUUUGAUACCCUCAAAAUGAACCACAGCAGCUGCAAUAUCACAGCCUAUGAAAUAUUCUCAGUUUUCCAGCUGUGUGUUUACAUCCCAGUUCUGGUUUUGGGCAUUGUGCUGAACGUGUUGGCGCUGUGGGUGUUCUGUUACAAACUUGGCAAAUGGACAGAAACCCGAGUGUACAUGGUCAACUUGGCUGUGGCUGACUGCUUGCUGCUCUUCACCUUGCCGUUCAAAACUCUGUCCCAGUUCCAGCGCCUGAAGGUGGAUGGCUGGUGCCUGGUUCUGGAAGGUGGCUAUUUCACAAACCGCUUCAUGAGCAUCGGCAUCAUCACCCUCAUUGCUGCUGACAGGUACCUUGCAAUCAAGUACCCUUUGAGAUCCAAGGCACUCAGGUCUCCUCUGAUGGCAGCUUUUGCCUCUGGAGUCCUCUGGACAAUCAUCAUCUGUGAGACUUCUCUCAUUAAAAGCUUUGAGGACCGAAGAGAAGAUGAUUUUUGCUUUGAAAAAUCUUCUGUGACACCCUCAGUGAUCACACUGUGUACCAUUAUUGCGGGGUUUUUCAUACCACUGCUCAUCUUGAGUUACUGCUCCAUACAAAUCAUUGCAGAGCUCAGGAGGAAGAAGACUGACAACUGUUGCAAUGAAAUGCUGACCAGGAAAGCUGUCUACAUUGUGUCUGCAAACAUGGCUGUGUUCAUCAUCUGCUUUUUACCUCUUUAUCUCGGGCAUCUCCUCCGCUUCGUCCUGGACUCCGUCAGCUCCGACUGCUCGGCAAUACAGAGCGUCAACAACUUCGUGCACUUCGCCUCCAUCCUGGCCAACACAAACUGCUGCCUGGAUGCCAUUUGUUACUACUUUGUCAACCAGGAAUUUAAGGAAGCAUCUCCCAAGCUAGCAAAGUCCAAAUCUGAGGCCGGUGAAGGAGCUGAAAUUCAGCUCUCACUUGUAACACGUUAACACAAAACACAUACAGCACGCAUUUUAUAUUUGCCGUGUUCAACUGGGACUCACUAGCAGGGUUUCACACUUGCUUUUCAUAAGAGUGGGGUGGAGGGACAUUGUACUAAUGGGAAACAUUCAGAUACAUGAUUCAGCUCUGAAUCAGAUAACCACAGCAGUCCAGGUUCUGAUCUAAGGAUCUAGAUUGCCGUUGACAAUUCUCUGCCUUAAUGCAAAUUUGCGUAAAAGGGUAGGGUAGAUUUCCCCUGCCAAAAACCCCCAGCUUUCAUUUUCCCAUGAAACCCAAAAGAAGCACAGGCACUGGUAAAAGAUUGGGUUUUGUCUCUCAUCCCCACCUUGGAUAAGUUCUUGUGCAGCUGUGACAAAGAAAUAGGCUAUUCCAUAUGUCAACAAACUUCUAAAAAAUCAGAGUGAAAGUAUGCAAAAAAAGAAAGGAUGGUGUUUCUGUAAGUCACAAUCUUACUGGUUUUUAGUUGCCAAUAAUGCACAAUCCCAUAAUAGGCAUUUUUAGCUUGCUUUAAAGAACUUUACAGCAAUGUAACAGCAACCAAAUGGUCAUCAUUACAACACAUGGUCAGAAGAGAUUGCAAUUGCUUGUACUGGGGAAAAACUUGUGUGAGUCAAAAUGUUUGAGUCAAAUGGCAUUAAAAUUAAAGAGUUGGUGCGGGGCAGUGGGAACAAGGACUCUGUAUUAGGACUCUAUUCAAUCUUAUAGUGUAAAGUAGUAGCAAAGCUGUUCCAAAGAAAUC